UGCUGCCAGCGGCCCCACCGUCCGCCGCUGUCGUCUCCGAAACAGCAGCCUGUUGCUGCUGCCACUCGGCGUGAAAAACAAAAAGGGGCGACGCUGCUCUCGCGUUUCGAACCGCUGGUUCGCGCAGCAUCAUCAGCGGAGGAGAGCAGCUCCGACGCCAACGGCCAUGGUGCUGCGACAGCCUCCGCCGCCGCGCAUCGCCGUCGUCGCCGGGACAGCCGCGCCGUCGCGGGGCCGCCGCGGAUGACCGCCCCGACCCCUGCAACCUGUUGAUUCCAGCCGCCGCUCCGACGCCGAUCAACGACUGCUGGUCCCGCCUUCUCGGCUCGCUCGCCCGUUGUUUGCUGCUGCUGCUGCUGUGCUCCCGGACGACCCGUUCUGCCGCGCCGAGCCCCCCCCGCGUGUUGUGGCAGCCGCAGCGUGGCGGCGGGGGAGGAUGCUGACUCGCUGCGGCGCACGGUGGUGCGACGAGGCUGCCGGCGGCGCCCAUGACGGAGAGGCGCGUGUCGGUGCGCGAGCGCGCCCGCGAACUCGAAGCCCUCGCGGCGAGGGAGGCAUCGCCGCAGCUGGCGCACAGGGCGCGCCUGGCCCGCAGGCUCGGGCUGACUCGCGCCGACUCGGAGCCCGGCGCCGAGGGCGGCCGCGCCGGGCCGUGCCACUGCUGCUCGCAGCCUGCCGACGAAUGCCUCUGCAGCGGCGACGGCGGCGGCCGGCUGUUGUCCGUGCCGCACGUGCCGCGCAAGAAGGCGUCAGCGCCGGCCAUCACGCCGCUGCGGGGCGCCCCGAGCAGUGGUCUCGUGGCCGACGAGGGCUCGAGCUGCGCCGACAUCCGGAUGGCCUGGGAGUCCCUGUGCGCCGCAGCGGCGCAGGGGCCCGAGGCUAGCGGCGCUAUUUCGGAUGAGCCCCGCGACGAGAAUAGCGCGCCUAUCUUGGGCGCGGCGCAAGGUGACUCGGCGCGGGGCCCCCUGGACGCGAUUCUGCAGUCCCUGGAGGAGAUCUGCAGCCAGCUGGAGGAGGCGCCCGGCGGCCAUGCGCCCGUGAUGCUGCCGGACGCCGGCGAGGCGGCGUCCCGGCUCAACCCGCGCUGCGCCCGCUCGCAGCCCAGCUCGCCCCGCGUGCGCGCCAAGCCACAGCUGCCGGCAUACCUGACGCUGGCCCGCCGCGCCCGCCAUGACGACGCGCUAGAGAUCGAGCAGAUCAAGACGAUACUGGCCUCCAUCGACUUCUCGCGCUACCGCAAGAAGCGCGGCGGCGGCGGCGCGCUGGUCGACGAGGGUCGCUCCACCAUGUCCGAGCAGGCAGCCCUGCAGAGUUCCCGGCUGCGGGAGCUGACCGAGAAGCUCAAGAGCCCCGUCGGUGCACCCGGCAGGCCCUCGGAGUCGUGGAACCGAAGGCCCGCCCCGGUGUGCCGCAGCGCUUCCUUCUCGACGUCCGACCUGCCGUCAGUGCCCGCGAUCCCGCGGGAGUCCCUGACGCUGCCGCGCAAGGCCCCCGCUUCCAGGCCCCUGACGGGACGCAGUGGCGUCAGGGACGCUGCCAGGGUAGCACUGGAAGACGUGGCCAUGUCCAGCCUGUCGCUGGACUCGGCCGUCGAGUCGAUCGUGGACGAGACCCCGUACCAGCGCGAGGCGUCCCCGCCCGCGGCGGCGGACAAGCGGCGCGUGCAGCGCGGCUGCCGCUUCGCGCCUCUGGACGACGACGGCAGCCGCGGGCCGCCACAGCCCCCAGAGAAGCGGAAGCGGCGCAAGGGGCUGGCGCCCGUCGAGGGCCCCAAGAAGGAGACGGGCCGCUCGCUCACCUACCCGCCGCAGCGGAAGACGGCCGAGCAGGAGCUGGCCUUCGGCUCGGUCGACAGCAACGGCCUCAAGGCGCUCGGCGGCCGACCCGAGAAGCAGCCGAGUGACCUGUCGCUCGCCGACAGCCACUUCUGCCCGAGUGAGGCGCUGGGCGAGGAGACGUUCGGCGACGUGGUGCAGAGCCUGUCCUCGCGGCCCGAGCAGCCUGAGCCGCGGCAGGAGAAGAGUCAAAAGAAGAAGCACCUCUCCGACCCCAGCGCCGACAACACGGGCGCCGCCACCGAGCUGUUGCUGGGCGCGUGCUGCCGCAGCGAGCCGCAGCUCUCCUGCCCCGGGGCCCUGCACAAGCGCCAGCACUCGGGACCCGCCGCGCUGAGCCGCACCCCGGUGCCCCCGCCGCCUCCACCGCCGCCCUUGUCGGACUCGGAGCGCGCCACGUCGGACACCGAGCGCACCUGUAGCCCGCAGCGGCGGUAUUCCAAGAAGCGGCUCCGCGGGCCCUACGGUGAAAUGCUCGAACAAGAGAUGCGCAAGACCGGCGAGAAGCAAAAGACCGCCUUCUGCGAGGAGCUCAGCUUCCUGCUGCCGGACGAGAAGCCCGCCGCUUCUCAGACGUCUCCCGCGAUGCCAGUGACGACUCCGGCGACGACAUCGACGACGACUUGUGGUGGUGCCAAGUUGAUCGCAACGAACGCACCGACGAUGGCGGCUCGGUCCAGGCCCGCGCACCUCUCCAACAGUCUCUCGCUCGACGACACCCAGCUCAAGAGUUCCACGGCGUCUCUGGAGGCUGUGCCCGAGGCCUCCGCGCCGCGGCGAAAGAUCAGCGCUAACUACCCGCUUACGGGUUCCGACACGGCCUCCUUGCUCGGGUGCAACAACGCGGACGAGACUGCUGCCAAGGCGCCGCAGCCCGUGUCGUGGUUGACGGCGGGCGGCGCCGACUCCGGUGCACGGACGACGCCCACGCCGUCACCCGUACCUCCGUCUCCGCAGCUGGGCGGCGCGCCCGACAGAGUGGCUGCCGCCCACCACGAACGCUCCCACAGCAGCCCCGCGACGACGUCGGACGGCUCACCGUUGCUCGUCAGGACGGGCUCGUUGCGACGUCAUCAGGACACACGAACUCAUGUCGUUGGGGAGCUCUACGACACGGAGAAGUCUUACGUGGAGAGCCUCCAGAUUCUGGUCAAUAAGUACAUGCGUCCGCUGAAGAGCCCGGACACUGCGGGUACGGUGGACAGCAGCCUGGUGGACGAGAUCUUCUACAUGAUCCCCGAGAUCCUGAGCCACCACGAAGCAUUCCUCGAGGUGCUCCGCCAGAGGCUCUCCUGCUGGGACACCCGCCAGAAAGUGGGCGACGUCUUUGUCGAAGCGUUCACUAAACAGCCUGUGAUAGACACGUACACUGCAUUUAUCAACAACUGGAAGUCAGCAAAGGAGGCCAUCAAGAUGGCAACUCAGGCAAAGCCUGCCUUUGCCAAGUUUCUUGAGAACACAUCGAGGGAGCACAAAGGAAAAUUAGCCCUGGAUGCCCUUCUUAUCAUGCCAGUGCAGAGGAUACCUCGUUAUGAACUUCUAAUAAAGGAGCUGAUAAAGCACACACAGCACGACCACCCUGACCACCAGCUGCUGGUACUGGCACAGAAAGAAGUGCAUGAACUGGCUCUCAAGAUCAACCGCAUGGAGCGAGAGGCAUUUCAGCAUGAACAGAUGCAGCAGAGGGUCCGUGAUAUUGAGCAGCUCAUCGAGGGUGUCAUUGAUCUCGUCCAGCCAGAUCGGACAUUCAUUCGUUAUGACUUUGUGACAAUACCCGGUGGCCUCGGCACAAAAAAAGACAGAUGCCUUUUCUUGUUUUCUGACCUUUUGUUGAUCACAAGCAUCAAAAGAAAGAGUGGGACGAUGCGGAAAACAUCACCUUCCUCGGGUUCUCCAGCUGGUUUUGGUUUCUCUGUGUUUGAUAUGAACAAGUACAAAUUGCUACUUAGGUUUUCUCUUGACAACCUGGACAUCUUAAAAUCUGCUGAUGUAGGACUUAAAAGGGCUAUACGGGAAGCAGAAAAUUUGGAGGAGGACAUGUCUGUUAUAACACAGAUAUCCGAGCUUGCCUCUCGACUGAACUGCCCUCAUCAGACCCUGGAUGAUGCAGUAAAAGAAAUUACAAAUUGCUUGAACAAGCAGCUUGCUGAGCGGCAAAGCUAUGACUUGCAGCUUCUAAACCUGCAGCUAUCAGUGACCACUCCAGAGGGUGUUGAGAACAUAGCCAUUAUAUUCCCUUCCACGGAAAAACGGUCUUCAUGGGAAGUUGCCUUCAAUGAAGCCAAGCAGAAACUUGCGCUGUCCACAGACCGGCGGCCACCCCCAGAGUUCCUGCAUCCUGUGCCAAUCCGCAAGACUCGGGCGGGACUGCAGUUCACGUGCGCAGUGGCCACCCUGGGCCUCAAUGCCCAUGGCCUGCGAGACGUUUGGGUCUGCAACAGCGAUGGCUACGUGGGUCAAGUGUGCGUGCUCAGCCUCCAACCGGAGCCCACGGUCAUGUCCUGCAAUGGUGUCUGCAACGCCCGCAUCCUGUGCAUCGCUUCCAUCCCAGCGGCCAGCCCAGUGCUGUCAUCAAUGGGACGCAGGAAGUCACUUGUACCUGAAUCAAAUGCGCUUGCUAGCACAGACGCAGAGAGCAAAGAGCAGGAGUCCACAGCAGCCCAGCCAAACAAUAAUGGCAACAUACAGCUUGACAGUGAAUCUAGUGAAGAUGAAGAGGAGGAAGAAGAGGCAAACAGUGAAUCUCAAGAAGACGAACAUCAAACAAAGCCACAGGAAAGCUCUAAAGUGCCAAAGGAAGAAGUUGAAGAAACUGACAAUCACUUUCCUACCAUGUGGUUAGGAACUGAAGAUGGCUGCAUCCACGUCUACAAUUGUAAUGAUAAUAUCAGGAUAAAGAAGAACAAGAUGAAGGUGCAGCACUCAGCAGCAGUUCAUUGCAUCAUAUACCUUGACAACCGUGUGUUUGUAUCAUUGUCAAGUGGGGAAAUUGCAAUCUACAGAAGAGAGCCUGGAGGUGGGUGGAACACGAAUGAUCCUCGGAAAGUGCAAGUGGGAAGCAGUGUGGCACCAGUGCUGCGAAUGCUGGCUGUUGCUGGGAAGUUAUGGUGCGGCUGCCAAAACUACAUCAAGGUUCUCAGCACUGCAUCGUUAGAAGUAGAGCAUUCUUUCCAAGUAAGCAGCGACUCAUCACGAGCUGUACUGUGCAUGGUAACGUCCGGCCUUGGUGUCUGGCUGGCCAUUCAGCAUAGUGCAGUCAUCCGGCUAUUCCACGCCACCACUUAUGAGUGCCUGCAGGAUGUGAACAUUGCACCUGCUGUAACCAAAAUGCUUUCAGCAUGUGAUGACAUAAUCCGACAGCACAAAGCGGCGUGCCUCCGAGUCACUGCCCUGCUGGCCUGCAAGGACCUGCUCUGGGUUGGCACCAGUGCGGGUGUGCUGCUCACCCUCCCCCUCCCCCACCUCACCUCGAACACCAGUCGUUUGGGUAGCCCGCCCAACAUUGUCGGCGUGCCUCACGGUCACACGGGCCACGUACGGUUCCUGACGGCUGUGGAGACGACGGAGCCCGCGGGGAGCCGGCACCACCACCACCGGUCACUGCGGUGCUCGCGUGACAGUGGCGCCACAUCAGCAUCGGUGGCAGCCUCGAUGGCCAGCCGGAGGGCAUCGCUCACACCGGCUGCGGGCUGCCGCCUGCUGGUCAUCAGCGGUGGCGACGGCUACGAGGACUUCCGCAGCGCCGGACUGAGCGAGGCCGCCGGCCGAGACGACAGCACCAACCACCUCUUGCUGUGGCAAGUGUGAUGACAACGAGGUCUCGCGGAUCGCGCCUGUGGGAACUCACCGUGGUGCAGGGUCACGGGGAACGGUCACUCGGAGCACCACAGACGACUCAUUCAUUCGCUUAGAGGGUGCGUGGUUAGUAAUAAGUGGCUCAUGUGAAUCAGAAGCAUCUGCCUUUAACAGCAAGACUGUUUUCUUGCGCACAGUUUAGCAUAACUGCUGAAAUUCCACCUGACUCUCUAGCUUUACGAGAUAUUAUAAUGGGAAUUUCUCAAUGAAACCUGAAUGACCACACCUACAUUUAGUACCUGUUCUUGAGGGCCAUAGUAUGCUGUUAUUGGUGCAGAGGCUAGUGUUGAGAGAAUGGCAGUUAGCCAGGACAGUAACAAAGGCAGUGCUCCAUAGUCUCAAGUUUUCGAUUGCUGCGUGAAAGAAAUCUGAUUUGAAUUUCAGAGCAGUGAGCAGAAGCUGGAAUGGGAUGAAUGAAGAGAGCACACAGUGUGUUACAGUGUGUGCUUUCCCUGGUAAACCCAGUUUUUCACAUUGUCGCUCAUUUUUUUGCAUAUGUAUUAAAAUCUAACUUCCUCACGUCAGUUUGUGUAUUGAAUUUAAAGAAAGUGAAUUUGAGAAAUUUCAUAACUUGCAACCUACCACUGAACAGGUAUGGAGUCAAGAAAGUGGGGAUAGCUCUGUGCAGUUUGGUUGAAUGCUGACUAAUUGUGCAUCUUCCAAGGCAGCUUAGAUGCAGUUGGUGUACCAUAUUUUUGUGCAUAUCACCCACACCAAAUGUUCAGGACAAAGAGACAAUCCGAGUUAUGAUUGAGGGUUGCCUUUAGGUUUGGCUUCACUGCAUUGUGAUCCAUGUUACUAUGAAGCCGCAUUCAAGGUGAAAUUCUCAUUGUUAUAGUACUGCACCUGAAACAAAGUUAGUAUAAAUGCUUAGCACGCUGCUGUGGAUUCACACUGCAGUUGAACAAAGAGCAGCAGUGAACACACUGAUGAUUGUUGUAUAAAAACAAAAAUAUUUCAAGAGCUUUUCUUUGCCACAUGAGAACUUGAACAUUGUUGUAUUUUGUUAUCUAUGCAACUGUUCUCCCCCUCUGCUUCCAAGGGCUGUAACUGAGUGUGCAGGUUAUACACAGUAGCAGGUUAUGCAAGCUAAAUCAUGACUUUGUCUGAAAGCAAAAUUCAGGCUAAUGGGAAUCAGUGAAGUACAUUUGUACUUCUGGUGCCAAACCAACAUGUUUGAAUAUAGCUUUGACAAUUACUACACGGCAGUUACCUGUGAAGGAAAUUCAUCGAGCUGCAUGAAAAUCUUUAAAAAUGUUGUCAAAGUUCAUUAGGAAGCAUGUUUUUGAUGAUAAACACCUAAAUAGUACACAUAGAUAAAAAAUUAUUUCAUGUAGAAACAACUUUUCAUGUAAUGCUAGCAAUAGCAAAGCAACAUUCCUUGGUGUAAGCUACAUUCAAAUAUUCUCUUAAGCUUGAAGACAGGUUUUCAUUCUUAUAGGAAUUUCCUAGAGAUAUUCUAAGAUUUUGUUCAUGGAUCUUGUAAUGGGGGCAGGGCAGUUGACACUUACCUGUUGUCCAUCAUUAAAAAAUCUGUUGACAUUCUAAAGACCUUCUGUCAAGUUACCGUGGCCCUCAAUGAACUAUCCUUCAAAAAGCUAUUGAUGUUCAGUUUAACUUUCAUAAACAUCUGCGAGGGAUUACGCAUAUGUGUCAGCUUUGUAAAGUGCAAGAUAAUUGAUGGUGUGUAUACUGUGUAUCACAUAUUGCUUCGAUUAGAUUAAUGGGGCUGUAUUAAAAUGACAGUGGGGCUAAGGGAAGGAGAAUACUGUAGAGUGUACUGAAACAUUAGGCAGAAUGUUGACAUGACAACAAAAUAUGCAGACAUAGGUUGAUAUCUCUUGACACUGGAUAAAGGUAAUUGAAAUUCUCUGAGAGAGGACUUUGUCUUGUAGAGAAAGGCUUAAGAUACAGUGAUGGUGGUGUUCAUACUGUCUGACAUUUAAUGUGACUGAUUUGCUGCUGUAUCAGGCCUUUUGAAUCGGUUGUGGUGCCCUGAGAGCCUUUUUCAGUGACCCUGACAUUGCCUAGUAAAUGCUGCCACCACGAACAAGGGGGAGCAUUAGGCCUUGUGAUGAGACCGGGAGCGCGCGCGGUACCUCCUCCACUGCAGUGGUAUACUGGCGCUGGUGAAGCUCGGUGACUGUGCGACUGUGCCAAGUCUUUUAAGACUGAACUCUGUGGUGUCCACCCCAGAGAACUCUUCAAGAAACUCCCACACCUGAGUGUCCCUUUCCCACACGUUGGGUGGCAAAUUGUUUCUCUCUUUCUUUGUGUGUGUUUGUCUUUUCUGGGCUUCGAUUCAGCUCAGAGAGAAGUGGUGUGUGGCCGGUGCUGUGCACCUAGAGACUCAGCAUACUGCCGCAAGUGCCAAAGACAUUGAAAUGUGGUUGUGUGUGUCGCCAAGGCUGCUUGCAACGGCCGACACGGCACCUUCUUCCGUGCAGGCCAAGUGCAACGCGCCACAUCUUGUUCUAGCGCGACAUCGUUUUCUCGCUGCAAAUGGUAACCGAGGCAGCGUUCUCCGAAAAUGGCACCUCAGUAAGGGGUGCCAACAUUGAUAUUUUAGAAAAAAUCGGGCUAUUCCUGGGCACCUGCGAUUGGGUUGAAGUGCCAUCCGUGUUUCUUUGCGCACAACAGCCACUGUUAGAUUGUCCUUGUUUUGUCCCUAUGGACCUGCUCCAUCACUUCUGUGGGCACCAUGUUUGUGCGUGGUGAACAAGUUGUAUCAUGUUUCCUCUCUAUAAUGGAAUGGGAUGAAGUUCACUUUGUGGAGUUAUCUUUCAGCAAUGGCUGGCUUAGCUUGUAGAAUUUUAAAUCUUCAAUUAGACAAUUCAGAAGACCAUGUUUUUGGCCACCUUUGAUUCCUGUAAACCUCCCCUGAAGGACAGACAACGAUACUGUGUAACAUAGCACUUACUUUUUCUAUGUGUAGCAUUGUUGGGAUUAAUUAUACAAUGGGCGCUUCAUCCAGUUCUUUACAUGUCAGCACAGUGCACAUUGUGUGACUUUGUUCUGUGUCUUAGGCCCGAUGAUGCUUGUCAUAACAUUGGUAAAGAAUCCAUGUGGUACUUUUGGGAAGAUUUUACACAAAUUGUCUGCUAUGAGAAUGUUUCUUCCUUAGUAGCAACUUUGAUAUAUUAAGGCAACUGGAAUAUUCAUGUAAGAGCAAUGUCGUAGCACAUUUGUGCCUGAAUGUUCCAUUAGUAGGGGCAAUGACAGAAGCAACAAAAUUGUAAUAUUAAGUUACGUGAAGAGUCCUAUAUACAUAUGGUACCCAUAUAUAUUAGAUAAACCUGAGGCCUACUGUGUUAAUAAGCGGAAGCUUGCGCCUAAUCUUAUCUUUUAUUCAUGGCUGUCUUCCGACUUGCCCAAGGCUUAGCUAGGGCAUGUAAACAGUUGUGCUCAGACCCUUAAAGCUAUAGGGGUUUGAAGCUCUUUAGUCUUUUGCUAGAUAACAGCUGAUGGCUGAAAUGCAUUUAUAAUGUUGAGCAUGGUGGUCUGGAACAUUUCUAUAGACGUGGGCUUUUUGUCACAAAGUGGGGCAUUUAUACUCUGCAUUGGUAGCGUAAAAGAAGAAAAAAUGGACUGCUCAAAUUUCUGACUUAUGAGCAGUGCCUUCAUGUCAGCUCUGUUUGCACAGUCAUGCUAAUAGUGGUAGUUUAUGGUCCUAAUGAGGGAUUUUUAAGUUUGCAUUGUGUACUGCUUGGUUGUAAGAAGCACUGCUAGAUAACACUUGAGUAAUGGCACGCUGUGGUUCUUAGUGACAAGAUAUAAAGCACAUGCUCUGUCAGGUGGUACCUGAGCAACAUGCCUCUGAAAAUAGUAUUGUCUGGCAUCUAUACUUGCAAAAAAAGGCACAGUGAAAGUAAUUCACUCCUUUAACUACAAAAGGAAGCUUGAGUGGCCCAGAAAGGUUCUUACUGAAAUUUCGGCUUGGUGAUCUGUCAAUGUUAAUGCAGGCUAGUGGUGCUUGACAUGACAGGUUUACAUGAUUGUCAUGGCAUUAUCAUAUUUAAAAUAUUGACACACCAAUGAUGACAUGACCUUUCUGAGGCAUUUAGUGGAAUCUUUUUCCCAUUAUUCGAAAUUCUUUUGUCAGGUAGCCCUGUGCCACAUCUUUUCACUGUUUGAACUGAAAUACUAUUAGCCUAGUUUCAACUGAUAGCAGUUGGGUUUUGUUGGUUUCCAGGGUUUCUCUGAUGAAUCAGAAUGACCUGCUCAUUCACAUAAGCUAGUAGGUACCAGUUGAAAAUUUUCUUCUUUAAAUGUACACCGCUGAUGUGAUGUGCAACAACACGUUUUGUGCAAUCAGCUAUUUGAAUGAGUGGUCCAGACCAGCCUUGGAUGGUUGGGUGGUUGGGGGCAGGGUAGUCGGUUGAUUCAAUGACAACGAAAGCACAAAUGCAGGGCGGCCUACACUGUCCCACGAAGCACUUUCCAGGCAGCACUUGCAAAGUUGAUCAUUUCAUCACACCACAACGACGAACGUCAUCACACUCAUUACGCACGCAUUUGUGUAACGCACUAUGUUCAGCUGCACGCCUCCCCAGCCACGUAUGUGGAGAUGUUUGUUUAUGAUCAGUCUGCUGGCAGGCACGUACUUGCCUGCGUGUACACAGCUUUAUUCUUUCUCCUUGUUACUGUUUGUUCUGUGAGGACCUGUUGUCAUAUAAUUGCCGAUUACUUGAACUACCUUGUAAAAAUAUUUGUAACUAUGAAAUGUGUACUCGGUUUUGCACUGAUGGCAAGACACAAUUUUGGCACCACUGCAUGUCGUGCUAUAAAAGCGUCGUAUUUUUCCGUUUGUAUUUUCACUGCUUUACUCAUCUCUGUGUAAACAUUGCACUAAACUGAAGUGAAUGAAAACAAGUGACAAAACGAGUAUUCACUUGCACUGUGCUUCAUGUGCUGGGGUUUUUUUCUUUUUCAUCAUUUUACACAAGGCAUAUAUAUAUUUAGUAAAAGAAAUCUCAAUGCUUGCCAUGUGAAAUAGCAAUGACAUUUUGAUGUCUCUCUCAAUACACUAUUGGUAUCUCGCACAACUGCUAAAUCUUCAUUUAUGCACUUGAGAGCCUGUAGCUGGGUUGGAAGUUAAUCAUGCUAAGCUCACUUAUCAUCACUAGUUCACACCCUGGAGAAGCACCCAUCACAAAUAGAAGCACAUAUUUGCAACAGACAGCCCAUAUUGCUGUCCCUCAGAUGCUGAUAUACUAGGUAAAAGAAAAACAUUUGCACUGCAAAUUAGGCCAAUUGAUCUUUCUGACACAAUUGGGAUUGAUUGGCCAAUUCAGUACCAUUGGGUCUGACCAAUCAGAUCAAAAAAGAAAAGCACUUAAUGCUUGAGGUAUGUACUGUGUCAUAGAACACAAACACUGGCCACAUUGAGAAUCAAUCAAUCAAUCAAUCAAUCAAUCAAUCAAUCAAUCAAUCAAUCAAUCAAUCAAUCAAUCAAUCAAUCAAUUUUAUUUACCAGAAACAAAAGGAACUGGAGGGACACCUGGGCAAAAAGCUGUCGCAGCAGCUUGACGGAAGCCCAGGGUCCCUUACAUGGCAGUAGCACUCACAUGAUACAUACACUGAAGUCUUUAUACACAACAAACAUUACACAUUGCACAUAUGCAUAAAAAUGACAUUUUACACUUGAAUGCAAUAUACUAAGUUAUCACUAUAAAGAAAGAAAGUAAUCACGCAAACCAUUUUUAUUUAGCGUAGUUGUGUGCUUAUAUUUGUUUAGUACAGUCGGUAUAUUAUGUGUUAAGGACUGUAGGCUGUAAUUGUUUCGAAACCAUUGUUCCAUACCUCGGGGUUUCGUAUAGUAUGUUUUGUUUGUGUGCAGGGUUCUUGCUGAGCAAGGGAUGUAAAAUAAUUCUUAACAUAUUCGGAUGAGAAGUAAAUUGUUUCUAGUAA